AUGGUGGAUCGCAUUACGCGCGUGCGCAAUUAUCUCCGCGAUAGCAACGCGGUUAAGGACCGGGACUUUGUACUCGUUGUGGAUGUCCUGGAUACAUUCUUCCAGUUGCCCCCACAGGUCCUCGUCAAGCGCUUCCAGGAGAUUCUCCGCACUAGCAAUCGAAAGUUGCAGAAGAAGUAUGGGUUUGCGGUAGUUCCACCGUCGAAAACGGAUGCCUCCUCGGACCUGGUACAGAAGUAUCCCCAGCGGGUCCUAUUUGGCGCCAGCAAUAUCUGCUAUGCUGAUUUGGAGGAGGAUCCUGGCUGUAUAUCCGUGCCUGAGUCCUCAUUACCCCCAGAUGUUUAUGGUUGGAAGACAGAUAUCUAUCCAGAAGGACACAAAAACUGGCCCCGCUAUUUAAACCCACGCGCAGUCAUCGGCCAAGCCGCCGAUUUGAAACUGAUCUACCACGAGGUCCUGCGUGUGAUUGAGCAGCGCCACAAGAAAAACGGUGACUACCAGGCUCUGACGCAGAUGUAUGGUCGACAAGAAGUGGUGCGGGAACUGGAGCGUCGCCGCACGACCAAUGGCGCCAAGGAGUGGCUUUGCAAUCUGAUUGGGAUAUCCGAUGCAUCCAACCUUACAGGCAUAACCGUCCGACUGGAAACGGGCCAUCGCUACGAGUACGGCAUCGCAGUGGAUUACAAGUCCGAACUAUUCUUCAACCAACACAUGCCCCGAGCCGACGUUGAAUGGCACAAAUUCAGCAACAUCACCAAGUCAUCCAGGCUCCAGGCCCAGUUCGGCGUACCCCGAGAAUCUCGCAUGCUCCUCCCACCGGACGUCGCCGCUCUCCCGAACCGAUUCAAUCAAAGCCGCCUUGUGAAGCAACAAACUACCAUCCCGGAGUGGAACUCCACUCUCGACAAAUUGCCCACCAUGCAUGACCAUACAUGGAGUACGCUCCCAUUCAUUACAAACCCGCAUUCGGCCUCCGUCCCGGUCCUGGCACAUAUGAACGGCGACUCGAAACUGCGAAACGCAUGGUGGGAGAAGAUGUGGUUCUUCUCCUGGGGCCGGGCCCUACUCCAAAAAUACCUGCGUGCCUCGCAAGGGUUUGAAGCCGUACAGUCCGCGCUUCUGGGCGGAUAG